AUGUACAUUGUGUACGUUUGUUAUUAUUUGACAUCUCGACACUAUACAGAAGCCAAUUAGAUACAAAUACAGAGCAGUCGCAGUUUGGAUCUCGCCCUCAGGUCGCUGGUAAUCCAGGGAGAAUCAGUUGCUUUAACAUCAAAGUGCGCACGGAUCUUGCUAGUCAAGUUAAUCCAGAAAAUGGAAUUAGUGAUCGGCGACAGAGAUGUGGAGAAGAUUGGAGUGUGUCCUUAUGAUAGUAACCACAAGAUCAAAAUGAAGAAGAUUGAAGCGCACAUGGAGAAAUGUCGAGAUCGUAACCGACCCAGACAAUUUGAGACUUGUCCAUACAAUGAAACUCAUGUCAAAUUCAAAGAGGAAAUCAAGCUCCACAUGGAGCUUUGCCCUGAUAAAUUGUGCUUUGGGAAGGUUACAGACAUUGAUAGUUUCGUCAUCAGAAAGUCUUGUGUUGAACGAGAAAUCGAAAACAGGGAUGUGUUGGGAAAUGAAGAUUGGGAUGCGGAAGAGGUGCCCCAAACAUACGACCCUGAGACCAAGUUAAAAGAUGUUCGAUUCCAGCCAAAGAAUUUUCACAAGAGAAAGGAGGAAACUUAUCAUCCCAGGGUGUACACUGUAAUUGACUCGAAUUACAAGAGCGAAUGUGGCGUCGACGCCCCAAUGCAUGAUGAUCCAUACUACCAGAUGAAUUUUAGCUCAAGGAAACGUUCAUCUGGCUAUGGCGGCAGUGCUAAGAAUGUUGAAGACUGGGAGCAAUGCGAAAAAGAAAAUGAGGAGGAGGAAGAAGAUAGCUUUGAUGCGGAAUUUGCUGAAGAGCAAAAACUUGCCAGCCUUAAGAAUGUAAAAAUGUGGCUUGAGAAAAUGCAACCACACCCGAAUGCCAACAGUAGCUUCGGCGAGUCUGAAAUUCCACCUGGAUUUUCGCUUAAAAGAUCGUCCACUCCAAUCACUGAUGAUGAAUGCUUCCAAACCUUGCCGCUCCAAAACCACAAUCAAGGAGAAAAAGAUACUGGUGCAUCUGGAGCAGCAUUCGCGUCUCACGUCGUGGAUUUGGAUUACUGCCAGAGGGUUGCUUCCAAUCCCCCUGAGGAUGAGACAGCUUUUCAGCCAGGUGCCUACCAGGACUACCCUUACCCCCAAGAAUCAGAUGAUUUUGAGGAAGAGUUUGCUAGGGAGAACAAUAUCCAAAAUUUUAGAUCUUAAGGAGCAUAUUUGUGCUAGAAUCUAAAUCAAAGUUUAACUCUAAUUCUUAUUUUAUAUUAUUAACCUAAGUAUUCUGAUUCAAAGCUCCUGAUUUAACUAAAUAUCUUUACUCUACAAAACAUUCUACCUACAUCCUACAGCAUAUUUCAAUAGCUGUAAGAGACAUUAGUUUAUAACGGUAAAUUUAAUGAUGUAACAAAAGUACAUUGGCCAAAAAGGGUUGAUUUACUUAAAGCUAGAAACUAUAGCAACGUUUAUUUUAUAAAUCCGCAGAAAGCCAUCCACUGUCUUGACAGAAUAAAUGAAGGUAUCUGUAAGGAAA